CUUUCCGUAAUUUUCUCUCUUUUUGUGGUUUCCGCAGGCCGUUGAAAGCAACAGUUUAAACGGUAACGUUGAACUUGUGUUUGUCCGCUGCGGUGAAACUGGAAAGAUCAGUGUAGUGCCGCUAUGGAGGCCGACAAAGAUACAGAUAUCAUUGAGGUCAUGCAACGAAAGCCUGAGCAACAAGCCGGUGAUAUCGUUGUGUACGAAGUGCACGAUAGUGACUCCGAAUUCUCCGACGUUCUUGAUGAAUCUUCGGUCCUUGUCGCCGACUCAUCUGCUGUAGGGGAUGAUACCUCCAUCCUGGAGAUUGUGGACUCGGAUGAAGAACCAGGGAAUACACAGCUGUCAGGCAUUGUGACGUCCAUGAGACGUGUGAGUAUGCCCUCAUCGGUUUCUCCAGAUGUACCGGCACCUCUAACAUCUCAAGGAAGGUGUGAAGCAAUGACCCUAGUAAGCUGGAAUGUUGACGGACUGAACCAGAAAUACCUGCAUCAGCGAGUUAUAGCUGUUUGCGAUGAGAUAUUGAGGUUGGACCCGGAUGUGGUUUAUCUGCAAGAAGUCGUACCUGAGAUUGAGCCCAGUAUCAGGCUCAGGUUCGCGCGCUAUCUGUGCAUACCCGAUGAAUCGCAAGGCUACUAUGUUAUGACACUGUUAAAGGAGGAAACGGUGAAGUACAAGAGUCACAAUGUCGCACAGUUUUCAUCCACCAAAAUGGAAAGACACUUUGUUCACACUGAGGCAACCUUCAACAACAAGGAUCUCGUUCUCCUGAACACCCACCUCGAGAGCAUGGGCUACUCCAGCGAAGUCAGACAAAUGCAACUUCGGAGAUGCUUUCGUCAGUGCAGGAAAGAACCUCCAGGAAAGACAGUAAUCUUGGGAGGCGACAUGAACUUGAGAGACCACGAAGUUGACUCGAUCGGUGGCCUACCUGAUGGCAUCCAGGAUGCGUGGACGGCGUGUGGUUCAGACCCAGGCUCGUGCUACACGUGGGACAUGAUGUGCAAUGACAACUUGGACUUUGGUAAAAAGGUCACCGCCCGCCUGCGGUUUGACCGUGUUUAUGUUCGCCACUCAGAGCCGGCUCAUUUAAUGCCAGUUUUUUUCAAACUCAUUGGACAGAAGAGGCUGGAAACCGAACAGUGCUUCCCCAGUGACCACUGGGGCGUUGCCGUCCAGUUCAAGUGUCUGUGACCCCCAUGACACACCUUUCAUGUGCAAAUACCAUGUAUUCAGGACUGAUAGUGAGAAAAAGAUAGCGUUACCUAUUCCUCUCACAAAACCAGAAAGCAGCAUGCAACAAAUUCUGAACGAAGGUGGCAAUGGUGGUCUCGUUUACAAACGUGCGCGUUUUCCUUUUGAACAAGUACAGGUGUUCCACAGGGUUUAUUAAAUGUGGCUAUCACACGGAGGCAUAAAGAAUGUAAUCAGACAGCUCGUUUCUCAAGGAGGCUCUGUUUGUCACUUUAUGCUGAGCAGUGAGAAUCGUUAUAUAUUUUACUAGUGGUGUGUUAAUUUAUGUCGUAUUUUACAAUAUAUCAGCUCAGGACAAGCUGUAGUUAGAAAGGCGCGUACCAUACUGUAAAUAACGAAAUUCAUCUCGGUGGUUUCAUACCUCAGGGAAGUAGACUAGUGGCUGCCGAUCUCGUAAAAUUGUACCACAUGUACCUGACUUAGGAAUGUGGAAUCGGCGCAUUCAACAGUGGCAAUAGUGAGCGAUUUAUGUCCUGUAGUUUUAGAACGUGCCCAUGAUUUUGUUUCGAUGGAAUGGAAGUCUCAAGCAGUGAUUGCGUGUGUCAAUGUCAGUGGAAUUUCGAUGUACAGCAGGUAAUCUACCCAAAAAGAAGGUAGGGUACAAUGAAAGAUAGGGCCAGCGUUUCGUAUGCAAUGGAUUUCUUUUAAUCAAAAGCCACAAACUGUACAUGCUUCCAAAAAUCUUGUGGACAUGCAGGAGAUCGUAAUUAAGCCAUUUGCUUCGGCAAAAGUCAAAUGGCUCAUAUUCUUGAAAGAUCAAGAGCUUGCCAACUACCAAGAACACAUGCAGUUGUUAACCACUGCGGUAGUCGGUGUUUAUACUAUGUAAUGUUACUGUAAAUGAUCUGAUGUUCAUGCGAACACGAUCAUGUGGGGACGUUUUUUACUGUGAAAGUUGUCUCUGCAAAGUGAAUUAUCUUCUGCAUAUGUUAGUGUGCACAAGCAUUGUUGUCCAUGUGCGCUUGCUGCGUUGCCCCUUGUAAAAAGCUGCAAUGGCAGAUGUUUUCGGCCAACUAUUGUACACAUAGUAUUUGUUAUUCUUUAUAUCUUCAAAACCCUUUCAUUGUGUGGUUUUGCUGUCCUCAUGUUUUAUUGGAGCGCUUGAAGGCCAGAGUGCUUACUGGACUCGGAAAUUCAUGUUCUGUGUACUUUUGCUUUCACACUUUUUUUGUCACCUUUCGCACUUCGCAGUAGUCAUUUCUUGCUGCUUUUCCGGUGUUUUGUCAUUUGUUAUUUAUUUUACCGUGCAGUGGUGACGAGAAAGUCGCCACUGAAUUAUAACCAAGAAGAAAUUAUACAGGAAAGCACACAAACAGGUUAUAAUAUGACUGUGGCGUAGUUUUCUUUCUUUUCUUUGAUAGCAAGCAAUAACGCCGCAAUAAACUAACCUUCAUGGUGUUAGAAA